GCUCGAGGAAGACUGACUUCUCAUCUUAGGGGGGCGCGCCUGGUGGUCAGAAAGGCUGAGCUCGAUCUGAUUCUCCACCUCAAACUGGCGGGCGGACCGUGGACUACAGCGUGCUGCACAACAGGUUUUUCUUGAAGUCGCUUUGAGCUGUGGACUAUACUUGCUCGACUGCACGAGAUGAUGGGUGUCAGAGAGGAGAAGCAGCACCUGUAUCGGACAAUGGCUGGGCACUAACGAAUCUGUCGGAAGGUUUCUGUGUGUUUUCCAAAAAAAGCUGUGGCAUAUUCUGAAAACGAACAGUGCAGUCAUGAAGUCAGUCCUGGAUGGUAUAGCAGAUACGACGUUUCGAACAAUAACCACAGGUUUACAGUACCUUGGCUCGAAUGACGUAAAUUAUGAUGAAGCAGGCAUUGAGACAGACUUUACCAAGGGAGGAUAUUCAUCCCAAAAACUGUCUUUCUCUGCAUUCCGUAGUGGUUCCUUCCAUGGAAAGUCAACAGCAGAAGAUGAUCUUCUUUUAAAAGGCAUUCCAUUCUAUCCAACAAACAUUACCGACCUAUACACAAACAAAUCGACCCCUGCCUACAUGGAGGAGGAAGGCAACAUACAGUGUGGAGAGAACUUCAUGGAUAUGGAGUGUUUUAUGAUCCUGACACCCAGUCAGCAGCUUGCAAUUGCUGUCCUGGCCUUGACACUUGGAACUUUCACGGUGCUGGAGAAUUUUGUCAUCUUGUGUGUCAUCCUUCACUCACGUACCCUCAGAAGCAGACCUUCGUACCAUUUCAUUGGUAGCCUUGCAGUGGCAGACCUGCUGGGCAGUGUCAUAUUUGUGUAUAGUUUUGUUGACUUCCAUGUUUUCCACCGCAAGGACAGUCCCAGUGUGUUUCUCUUUAAGCUGGGUGGAGUUACAGCCUCAUUCACCGCCUCUGUGGGUAGUCUCUUCCUUACUGCCAUAGACAGGUACAUCUCUAUCCACAAGCCUCUGGCUUACAAACGGAUUGUUACUAGAACAAAGGCUGUGAUUGCCUUCUGCAUGAUGUGGGCUAUUUCAAUCAUCAUAGCAGUGCUCCCUCUGUUAGGAUGGAACUGCAAAAAACUCAACUCUGUUUGCUCAGAUAUUUUCCCUCUGAUUGAUGAAAAUUACCUUUUAUUCUGGAUUGGGGUCACCAGCGUGUUACUACUAUUCAUAAUCUAUGCUUAUGUGUACAUUCUGUGGAGGGCGCACACUCAUGCCGUCAGAAUGUUAAGCCGUGGAACUCAAAAGAGUGUGAUUGUGUACUCCCCUGAUGGUACUAAAGUGCAAAUUACUAGACCAGAGCAAACCCGCAUGGACAUUAGGCUAGCAAAAACUCUAGUUCUUAUUUUGGUGGUCCUGAUAAUCUGCUGGGGACCUGUAUUGGCAAUAAUGUUGUAUGAUCUCUUUUGGAAGAUGAAUGACCUCGUCAAGACCAUCUUUGCCUUUUGCAGCAUGCUCUGUCUGAUGAACUCUACAGUAAACCCAAUCAUUUAUGCUUUGCGCAGUAAAGAUCUGAGGCAUGCGUUUCGUAGCACUUUCCAUUUCUGUAAAGAGUCUGCCUUGCCCUUUGAUAACAGCGUGGAAUCUGAUUGUCAGAACAAGCAAUCACACCACAUUGGCAGUGCCAAAAAAGCUGCAGAGAACUGUGUGAAGAGCACUGUGAAAAUAGCCAAAGCAACCAUGUCUGUCUCCACGGAAACAUCCGCCGAGGCAGUGUGAGUUACUCAGCUACUAUCAGCUGUGAUAUACAAGUAGAAGCAACAUACAGCACUUACUGUAGUUUUAAUCAUUUCACACUCUAAACCCCCAUAUAUAAAGAUCACAUGGGGACUGUUCUAGUUAAAAAGUAUUCAUCAUAUCUGAUGUUGUUGUAAAACAUGAAAUUCUUGGUCCUUCUCCAAGUGCCAAAUUGAGUUGUGCGCAAUAGAGAGCACUGUCCACGGGAGAGGGAGAGAGGAUGGUGAAGGGGGGCAUGGGGGGAUUAAAAAGAACAAUAUGUAAAUAAAGUUUUCAUGAUUAGUCGGGCUGUGAACUUGAGCGAAGUAUAAAUGCAAUUUAUUUGUAAUAAGUGAACUCUUUCUGAGUAGUGCAUAUAUAAAGAUCAAUACAAACAACAUCAUUUGUUAACUGUGAAAUCAGGUCUGUUCUAUUCAUAUUUUAUAUUUUAAAAUGAAACAUGGGGCAAAGGGGCUAUUGCACUUGGUAUUCUGUAGUAAAAUGUGUUUAUGUAUAUUUGAACUGAAAAUAUGGUAUAUAAAUACUAAAGUGCAGCUGAUAAACUCAUACUGUUAAUCAUUUUGAAAAGUUCGCUCAUCAGUAUUGAAAUUUACCGCAUUGUCAGAGUGUGUUGUUUGAAAGUGAAAAGAGAAAAAUUUGGUGGGGGCUUAAAUAAAAUUACAGAAUCAUUUUACAGGGAUUACAGACACACGUCUUGCAAUUACACAAUGUAGUUACACUUUUGGGAGACAAGAGUGUCUUUUAAUUACAUAUCAUGUAAAUAAUGCAUGAUAUAUAAUUAGCCUGUAAGUACAAUGUAAUUACAGUGUAAUUACCAUACCUGUAUUUUGAAGUGUGAGUCAGUUUUGAUGUUUUUUUGUGAAAAUAGGAAAUUCCAACCCUGGUUGCGUGAAUCUUCUUUUUUUCUCUUUUUGCUGGAAAGGUUGAAUGUUAAUAAAUUUUCCAUCCGUGGUGCUUGGAAAAAAAAGAAGAAACUUUAAGCUCUCUUUAAUAGAUAUGUCAUUUUUUUUUUUGCUAUUAGCACUGUACAAAUUUAAGAUGUAAUGGUUUUGGCAUCUCAAGGGGCUAAUUUACAGCACUGAUGGAUGAUAUUAAUCUUGUAUGGGUAGAGGCUAAUGAGCUCCUGCUGCGUGUUCACAUUGAACAGCAGAAAAUGUUUGUAUAACAAGUCAACAGACUUGUGUUUAUGAAGGUUUUGAAGCAUCAGGAGGUCAUAUGAGUGGUUUAGAAAUGUCUUUUUCAAAUUCCAUCUUUUUAGUUUACAGAGCUGGCAGUACUUUUUUGACCACUCACUUACUACAAUAUUUUACUGUUCACAAGUGAGAUUAUAUAUGUCAAAUCGAUAUUACUCAUGCUGGGUUCACUUUAAAAUAUCAAAAUAUGUAACACUUCACAGGAACUAUUUACAAUCAGAUUUGUAAUUUCACAAUGUACUUUCACCACUUCCUCCUUGUAUGUUUGUUUUCUAGCAGAAGGUAGUUGAGGAACAGAUGCCUUUAAGUACGAAGAGAAUAUACACAAGUAUUAUAGAAGAUAUUACUACGUUUCAUCAGUUAAGACACUAUUAAAAAGAGGAGGGAUGAGUGUCUGUAGCCAUUAAGAGCCCAGAAGAAUAGCUUCUGGUAAAGCUGCUGCUUAUUUAAUAAAAAUGACAGUUUUCUGUCUCUUCUUAAAUAUAACUGGUUAAAACUAGGGCUAGGUUAGGGUUAGUCCAGAAAUAUAUUGUUUUUUCUUCAAGUUAUCCAUGACUUUUGCAAAGAUAUGCAAACUUAAAUGCUGAAACACUUAAUUAUGUUUUACCCAACUUCCUAUCACUGUGUUUGUGUUGACAGUUCCAAAAUAACUAUGUCAUGCACAGGUAAAACCUAUUUCCUUCUUAUGAUUUGUUAAAGUUAGUUCACUUUUGACUGGUUGUUCGUGUUGGUCCUUAAACAUAGUUUUCAUUUACUGUAGCACUAGCCUAUAUUCUGUAAGUGCUUACAAGCAUUCACUGACGGCAAAUAUUUUCCAGUCUGGUUAUGUUCAAUGUAGGAUCACAGAAAUCAUGAGCUGGUCAUGUCAGCAUUAGGCCACAAACUAGGAACCAACACAAGAACGCACAAUAAUUUAACACAGAACGCACUCAAGACCAAAGUCACAAGUUUGAUAAUUGGCAGGAAGUAGCUGCUGAUUAAGAGAUUUUUUUGCAGCGAAUAGCAGCAGCCGUAAUGACACCCACAGCGUUAGGAGGAAAGUUUUGCUAUAGAAUUAGGGUUGUUUUCUUCUUCUCAUUAAACAUUCCCCAUCCAGUUACUGAACCCGCUUAGUCUAAUUUUAGGGUUCAGAAAGCCAGCGCUUACCUGGCAACAUUAGCCUCAAGAAGUCCCAGGCUAGGACAGGACAGGAAAAAAGUUUUUUUCCAGGCAGACAAAUUACAGUCGUCAAUUAACUAAAUCUGAAUUUCUACUGGAUAUGUCAGAAGAAACUGCAGUACUCAAAGAAAACCAACAUUGACAUGGCGAGAACAUGCAAACAUUAGCAAGACAGGAUACAAAUCUUGAAGCCACAGUGCCAAAUCCAAACCAUCUUGAAUGCUAUAAAAGAUUACAAUAGGCCGUCAUUUUCUAGUGUUCAAAUAGAAAACAUUGCAGAAAUGUUAGGAUCCCACUGGUAAUGAAAUAUACAGUAGUUACAUUGUAAUUAAAUCUUGUAUUUUUAAACAAAAUCUACUUUUUUUAUUGAUUUUGCAGACAUUCAAAACAUUUCAGUCAAGUAGUUCUCUAUACCUUACAUAUUUUUAAGCUAAUUUCUUUUUUACAUUCAAAACUGAAUAUAUAUUGCUGAAUUAUUUUUCUAAACCUAAAUAUUAGUUAAAAUUAAGUUACUUAGACAACCAAGUAAACCAUAUCUUUUCUGAAAAAAAUGUAUUUGCUACAAUAUGCAAAGUCCUUGCUAUGUUCAAAAUGAAGUAUUUCAAUCAUAAAUGGCAAGCAGUAUGUAACAUUAGUGCUUUUUCAUUUCAGAGCUAAACUACAAUAGUCUCAAGUUGAUGACAUUUAUGGCUUUUUAGAAAUGAUAGCGGCAGUCUUUUACGCUAGAGAAUACUGUUAACAAAAUUGCUUUUUUUUCUUAUUCUUUGCAUAUAAGAUUUUUUUUUCAGAGCUUUAUGUGUGUGUAAGAAAUAGUAGGUAAAUAAUGAGGUUUCAGAAAGGAUGAAGCCUUAAUAUCCAGAACGGAAACGGAAGGAUUAGGCUUGAACCACUCAUAUGAGUCACGGUCUGAAAACAAAUGCUUUCCGCAAUAGAAACAGACAGGAGAAAAUUGAGUAUAUUGGUUUUUGUAACUAAGUUGCACUUGCUUAAGAUGAUACUUGAACCACACAGUGAAAAAAAACAAAAACAACAACAUAAUAUACUUGUGGAGCUCACAACAAUGCUUGCCCAAUUUGAUAAAGAUCCUCUCAGCUACUCAAAAAAACAAAUUUUGCAGAGAGCUUUCAGUCUGAAAUGUGCCCACUAGCAUCAAAUUAAGCAAACAUGAAUGAUCAAAUCUGUGAUGGAUAUUGGAGCUCAUUUUAAAGCUGAAAUAUGCUAGAUCCUUUUUUCUGAUGUCACUUUUUAAGCAAUAAGUCAAAUGAAAAGUUAAGGUCUUCUAGUUUCAUUAACAUUUAUUAUUAGCAAACUCUUAGUUCAUCUCUGCCCCAUGAUAAAUCCCUAGGUGUUAACAGUAAGUAGGACCACCCUAAAGCACAGCGCAUACAUAAUACCCUUCCCUCAAUUCACAAUGUGCAACUAUAAGAUUAAAACCAAGGGUGGUGAUAUCCAAUCAGAAUGGGCCUACUUUUUGUUGUGGGGGUCUUGCUGCUCUGUGCUUAGUAGCUGGAAUGCUAGGUUCCCUUACUGCAGUUUGGUUUUGCAGCUGUUUGACUGGUGCUUCUGGUCAGAAUAGUUGUGAUUCUGGUGUCACCUGGUCACUGCCACUCAUGAUUUUGCAGAGACCUUGACUAGAGACACUUUAGCCACAUCCUUAAGCCAGUCCUUAAGUUGUUGUACACCCAGUAACAUUUACCACCAGCACAUGUUUAUGUAAUCUCAGCUCUAAAUAACCCUUGGAAGAGUUAGGGUACAUAGGAUAACCUGUUUUUUGUGAAGGCAGCCUAGAAUCUCAUUAGUUAGCACAUCUGCCUCUCUGCACCAGGGUUAAAGGCAUGUAAGUUAGGUUAAAUUGGAGAAAAUUAAUAACUGAUAAGUAAACGUGGUCCACCUGAUCUUGCACCAUGCAAUCCCUACAUUGAUGGGACUGUCCACUUGAUCAUCAUCAUCUAAUUCUUUCACGUGAAGCCUGAAAACCAUGAGAACUGAUUUAGAUGAUUUAUGUUAGGUAGAAUGCCCACUGGGGUCUGAGCACUCUUGUGGCCUCAGAACCCCUGCAGAUUUUGUUUUGGUUUUUUUUUCUCCAGCCCUCUGGAGUUUUUUUUCUGUUCUCUUUACUUUAUUCUUUGUUACUUAGUAUUGCCUAAUCUUAUUUUUAUAUAUUACUAUUUUUUAUAAACUUUUCUUUCUUCAUCAUGUAAAGCACUUUGAGCUACAUCAUUUGUAUGAAAACGUGCUAUAUAAAUAAAUGUUGUUGUUGUUGAUGUGGGUGUAGCAGUCCAGGGGUGGUUGCUGCCACCUGCCUGUGGAUGCCAGAAAUGAAUGUCAGGUCCAUAAAAUGGAGAUUUGGAUAUGUAAAAAAUACAUUUUAUCAAAGAUGCCAAGUAGAAUCCAUGGUGCAAGAGCAAAGCAUAAGAAAUAUCUAGUUUAUUUAGCUACCCUAACUGCAAGGCAUGGCUGACCAUCUCCAAAGCUAUUUACUACUUUUACUAGAAAUAAAUCCUCCAGCUCCACAUCUUGUAAACCUUGGAAAGCAUAAUGGAUACAUUAUGGACUUUGUUAUAUAUUUAAAUACAAUUUUGUCAAAAGUAAGAGUGGGAAAAACACAAAUUGCAAAUCCAAAUGUUAUGGAGAGAGAGUAAACUCAAAAAUGUGUGGCCACAAAUGUAACAAAUGACAAAUGCAGAUAGAAUCUGAGGAAGCGUAGCAGACCUGAGGGAUACUGAAGUCACAGUUUGAAAUGAAAUAUGAGAAGCAGCUGAAGUAUAACAACAGAGGCUUAAAGAUGUGAGAUUAAAAUGGAAGAAUGGCUCAGUUUAUUUCUGUCUUGGCAGAAGUUGCUAAAGCCCAGCUCGUAAUUCAACCACGUUAAGAAUUAAUGAACAGUAUGACAUUAUUAUUCAUUAGGGUUCUUCUCCAAACUUAAACAUGAUUCACCAAUAAUGAAGUCUGUCUUAGCAAGGACUUUCUUUAACUGAUUAGAAUAACAAUUAGUGCUAUUUGGCUUAUGAUGUUGUAGAUUAAAGUCAACUAUUAGCUUUUCAUAAUUAUGUUGUCUCGGAGAGGUGAGGGGCCACAAGAUGAUUCAUUAGUAAGCAUUGCAGCUUCACAGCUCCGAAGUCUUUGAUUCAAAGCCGAGCCUGACCGUUGUUCGUGUUAAGAUUAUCUGCUUUUCCCUUGCCCGUGCAUUUUUUGCAGGCAAUUUCUGUCACUCCCGUAUUUCAUAUCUAAAAGGAUCUAUCAUGAGUGUGCCCCCAAUGGCUAUUUGCAUUUGUAGUUGUUUUUAAUUAUUACCAGAUUAGGCAUUUUUAACACGGACAUUAAUUUAAAAUAUUCCGUGCUAUUCAUUGCCCGCACUAACAUUUUUAAUUCUAUAGAUAUCUCACUGAAGACUGCUUUAAGCUGACAUUACAUUUAAUUCUAUCACUUAAUCAUUGUCUUUUGACAGCCAUCUCUUUUGUCUUUAGUUUUAAAAAUUAAUGCUUUUAGUCAUUUAAAGAAUAUAUUCUAAUACUCCAAAAGACUAGAUUUAUAUGACCUAUAAUAAAAGAUAAUAACUUCAUUGACAAAAAAUCUUUUUUUGAAAUGGCAGCAUAUUGAACAAAACACGUUUCUUCAGAAGCACAGAGCUGUGUUUAGUUGUCCAUUUUUUUAAUGAAAUACAAAUAUAAGCAAUUCUACAUAUAUUUAAUAAUGUCGAUUUAUUAUGUAAAGACACAAAUCCAUCGAUUUGUAAAAUUAAAGUGUGCUUGGAGGCUGUUAUGGCAGGAUGGUCAGAUCAUAUUCUAGUGAAUGCUUAUGUUUGCAUCCCGGUAUUCCAAGAUUAUUUUGGGUAGGAUAGCAGUGAAUAUGUCCUCAGCGCCCUGUAGAUUUCAUAGUCCCAAUUUGUGUGUUUGAUAAAACAACCAUUUAUUUAAAUGAACGAAUAGCUUCUCAUUCAUAAAUAUAAUGUCCUUGUACAAGCCCUCUGUUCAUUACAGGAAACUCUUUGGAAUUAAGGGCUGCUUAUUUUAUGUUUCAAAUUUACAAUCUAAAACAAAAUCACAAAUAAAGCAUAAACAAAACAUUUAUGGUGGAAAUUGUAAUGCCUUAAGUUUAGUUGGUACUUAUAACAGAAUUACCAAUUUAUGAAUAUUAUCUGAAACCUUUUAACCUUAGCCUAAACCUUUUAACUCAAGUGCUAAUCAGACAUCCUGUUUUCUUAUCAGCCUUGACAGUUUAAUCACAUUAUGAGGACACUACAGCUUGCUUGGGUUUGUGCAAGUUUUGUUUCUUGUACUAUUUGUUUUGGCACAUAUCAGUAAAGAUUUUAGACACAGAUUGGCAAGUUGACUUUGGGCCCUCAUAAAAUGUUGGCAUCUUAUUCUGAGCCUGACAAGCACAUUGACAUUAACAAAAGACUUGAUGACCCACCCAGGGUUGGUUCCUGGUUUGACGUCUUGUUGGUGGGAUAUGCUUUGGAUUUCCACAACACUACAACAGGAAUAAAUAGGUUUAGAAAAUGAAAGAAUAAAACAAAAGAUCUAUCCUUUAUUUCUGCUGCUAUAUUUCUCAUCAUUUAGUAGUUUUUUUUGCAGUCAUUUUAAUGAUCUUGUUCAUCAGACUAGUUUUCGAGUAUCUGAGGAACAUUUUGAUUCGUAGUGUUACUGAACAUCAAAAUACUUUUUGUAAGUCUCUGUAGUCGUUUCUGAGGACCCCUAAAUGGUCAAAAUCAACCUUUUAGAAAUAGUUGUGCAUAAUAAUAUGGGAAAUGCUACACACUUUUGUCAUAGUUGUACUAGGGGAAGAGUGGAUGGACCUACAAGGAUAUUGUUUUGUUUGUCUUGUCUGUAAGCCAGUUGUCUAGAACUAAUGGGCCAAACCUAUUUAGCUCAAAUGUAGGCAUUUAAAAGGCAGCUUAUUUUUGGCUCUUCAGAUUAAACUUUUCAGUUAGGAGCAACAUAUAUUCUUGAAUCCAUUCAGAAUAUAAAAUGAGUUGAAGGAAUUCCAGAUACUGACCCUAGCUAGUGUGCUGGUCACACUAAUAUGCUCCAAGAAAGGGCAAUUCGAUAAAUAUGUUUAAAUUUGUUCAAAGUCUAGUUUUACUGUCUCAGUCUUGUGUGUGUUCUAUUAACUGAGACAUUGAUGAACAUAUGUAUGGUUAAAUAUUUUAUUAUUGUGAUAAAUUUAAUAUAUUUAUUAAAAUUAGUACUUUGUUUAGAUAUUUAUUUUGUUAACUUGUUUAAAGGAACUGAGUACCUCCAAGGGGUAAUUCUGAGAGCAGUUGUAAAAUAGACUUUUGUGAGAAUUAGAAAUGUACAGUAUGCUAAUGUUAGAUUGCCAGGGUGCCUCAAUUUUUUUUUUUUUUUAAUUUUAAAAAUUGUCAGAGUCAAAGUUAUGUUUUGGCCUUCACACUGAAAGAACCAGAUAUUCAAACGAGGUGACUAAUUUGAGCAAUUAUUUUGCAACUGUGCCUACACUUUGAUUCAUUUGUAAAUAUUAGCAAGUCAAAAGAGUUGCAACAUAAUUAUGAAAAUUGCAAGGCUGUGGAAGAGGAAUAUAUUUAAAUAAAUCUGAAUAGAAAAUUAGCUUGGAGCUGCAAACAACUGUUGCAUGAGGUGACUUCUUACUGAUAUCAGUAGUCUGUUUUAUUGCCAUAUCCCUUUGGCCUAAGUGCUUGCUAUAUGUCAGUUUCUUUCAUAUGUGUGGAUGCUACCGGCAGAUUGUUCAAGUUCGUGUGCUUCCCUUUUAAAUUUACAAGAUUAGUGAACGCUCAGCUAGAAGCACAUUACGAUUAAUGAUAUAAUCAUAUGUUUGAAUUCAACCUAAAAGGGUAUAUUUUAGUUUAGCUGGCAGGGGAGCUAAACAGUUUAUAGACAACCAAGUAUUAAGUUAUAAACAAGCCAAUAAUUUUAACCUGUGCUCUCAUAGUCUGGGUUGUCUUGCUGAAAACAGAAAGGAUUUACUAUGAAAAAUGAAAAAAAAAAAACCUUUACAUUGUGCCUUUCAUAUUAAGUACUAUUUAAAGUGUUUUAGAAUGCAAAUUACAUGAGGGCACUUGAUUUUGGAAGUUACUCGUUAAAAAAUAACAUAUAAGACUGCUAGUCAAAACAUUUGGAGGGUGAUAUUCACAGAACCUGACACUUGCAGCAGCUGUUUGUUGAAAUAUUAGCUCCAUUAAUGGCAUUAAGAAGUUAAUUAAACAAGAGGUUAUAAAGGAUCCAAGGCUACCUAAAUGAAAAUAAAAAAACAACAACGACUCAUUUGAAUAUCUGAUAAACUAAGUGUUUCAUUUGUAAGACUUGAUCAAAAAUAAAACUUUAGAUUUGAAGUACUGACGUACAUUUUAGAAAACUUAAAUAUGUAGAUUAGAGAUUCUUGGUCUGUAGUAUAUUAAGUUAGUGUUAACUGUCAUAAUUAUAAUGGACUGUUUUUCUAAGCAGUUUUUAUCUGCUCUUGUCACUGUCUUCAGUGUUCAGCUAAAUCCCAGAUGUGAAGUGGCUUCAGUGCUAAGGCUGCAUGUAAAUACUUUGUUGAAAAAAGAAUUACAUCCCAGGCCAUUGGUCUAAAGUGUUUCAUGUAUAAAAUGUUGUCUUUACAGAAGCCUAUGAAUAAAGUCAGAAAUGUUAAAAAAUAA